AUGUCGCUGUCCGACCUCGUCUCGGGCGGCGCGGGUUGCGGGCCGUCCAACCCGCUCCAGAACAUCGGCAAGCGUUUCGGCCAGGAUCGCGGUGCGCAGCAAGACUCGUUUGCCAACACGCCCUUUGCGCAGCAGCAGCAGCAGGCACCUUCGUUUCGCUCGGCAUCCUCCUCCCAGCAGCAUCAACAUCAGCCUGCCUUCUUCAAUGCUCCCCAGCAGGCUCAGCAUGCUGGCUUUGGCGCGCACGAUGCAUUCGACGUGUCGCAGCUGCGCGGCAACCUGCCCAGCGGAUCGCGCGCUCCCAUGCAGACCCAGCACCGCGCAUCGCCCGCACCCACCAUGGCAGACAUGGAGGCCAGCUUUCGGCCUGCAUUCUCGCGCAACACCACCAUCCAGCAAGCUCCGCGACAAGCGCCCUCGGCUUGGGCGAGCGAUUUCCUCAGCGCAGAAGCUUCGCAGUCCAAGAUGCAGUCGCAGCAGCCGGCGCACCAGAUGCAUGCCGAGCCGCACGCCGCGCAUGCCAUCCAUCCCAACGUCAUCCCCAUGGGCCUCAGGAUGGGCAUGAUGCCCUCGUCCAUGAACAACAUGCAGUACGCUCCCAGCCCCAUGCAGCAGCAACACACCGUGCAAGCCACUCCAGCACCCCAGCUCGACAAUGCAAAGUGGGCAGAGGCAUUCACCGCCUUUGAAGCCUCCACCUCCUCGGCUUCGGUGGUCAACGAACCCAUGGCCGUCGACUCCAAGCCACUCGAAAAGGCCGACUACUCGGAUCCGCACGAGCGCGACGAGCUCGCACGCACCGCCGGCAGGCUCGUCGAGUCGGUCGAGCACGACAGCAGCUCCAAGUUCCGCCAGAGCAACUUCCUCGACCUCAUGCGCAAGAUCCGCGACAAGCAGGCGGGCAUCCAGGGCGACAACAUCGUCGAGAGCUCCGACAUUGCCAAGGGCAAGGCGCGCGACCUCGGCGCCUCUACCUCGGCUGCCCAGCCGCAGUCGCAGCAGGAGGCGUACAACUGGGCCAACCAGAUGGCCGCGUCGGGCAACAUGCAACAGCUGCCACCCAGCGUGCAAAAGUCGCUCGGCAACAACUUCGGUCAGCGCGCCGACUUGCCCGAAUCCGUACGCACCCAGCAGGAGAUCCAGAACCGCCAGGCGCUCAAUGAUCUUUGGGCCGAGGAAGAUGCCCGCAGCGAGGCGAUCGAACGCCAGGCCAUGGCCGAGAGCGCACGUGCUGCGUUUGUGGGAGAUGGCGGCGACGUGGCGGAGCGCAUGCGCGAGGACGACGCCGACGCGCGCGAGUUUGAGCGAUACCAGCGCCUGGGUGCCAACAUCCCGCAUGCCAGCACCUUCAACCGACGCUGGGAGGAGGACAUGAACCGCGGCGCUCAAGACCAGAUGGACGACGACGACGAGCUCGACUUUGUCGGCCGCCGAUGGCAGGGCACCCAGGGCCGCGGCUAUCCGGGCGCCCAGACCGCCGAGUGGGAUAAACUGCAAAACGACUGGGACGACUUUGAGGUGACCUCGGCGGGGAUCCGACCCGUGACGCUGCCGCAGCGUGGCGCCUCGACGACGACCAUGACACAGCCUGCGCCGGCGUACCGCUUCCUGAGCGACAAUCCGUACAUUGCGUCGACGUUCCACCAUGCGCAGCACGCGGGUGGGCUGCCUGCGGGGUUAGAGUCGGUGCUGGAGAAGGAGGCGGCGGUGCAGCAGGAUCCGCACGAUGCAUCGGCGUGGUUCGACCUGGGCGUCAAGCAGCAGGAGAACGAGCGCGAGGUGCAGGCGAUCGCGGCGCUGCGCAAGGCGCUCGAGCUGGAUGCGAGUCUCAAGGAUGCCUGGCUCGCGCUCGCGGUGAGCUACACCAACGAGAACGACCGCAGCGCGGCGUACGAGGCCAUCGAACGCUGGAUCGAGGGCAACGAAAAGUACCGCGACGUGGUGAUGCGUGCCGACGCCGAGCUGGCGCGUGCCACAGCAGCUACGGGUCGCGACCGUAGCGAUAGUGUGUCGUCGCACAGCACCUCGGCUUCCGUGACGGAAAAGCACACGCGGCUCACCAAGCUGCUCAUCGCCAUGGUGCAGAGCGGUGGCGAGAGCGGCGAGAUCGAUGCCGACGUCCAGGUCGCGCUCGGCGUCAUCUUUAACUCGAGCGAGGACUACGACAAGGCGGUCGACUGUUUCUCCACGGCGCUCUCGGUGCGUCCGCAGGACUGGCUGUUGUACAACCGGCUCGGUGCGACGCUGUCCAACUCGGGGCGAAGUGCCGAGGCGAUUCAGUACUACCACCACGCACUCAACCUGCAGCCCGAAUUCGUGCGCUGCCACUUUAAUCUGUCCAUCUCGUGCCUCAACCUCAAGAUGUACCAGGAUGCGGCCGAGCACAUUUACACGGCGCUUACGCUGCAGCAGGCCGAAGCCGAAACGCUCGGAACGGCCGGUGGCAAGGGCAGCGCCACGAGCGGAAGCUUGUGGGAGACAUUCAGGGUGGCACUGGAGCUGUUGAACCGGUCCGACCUGGCAGCCAAGUGCGCCAAGCGCGAUAUCGCCCAGUUUGACCUCACCGACUUUGUGGCCCCGCCAGCAUCGGCCCCAGGUGUGCGAGAGGUGGGCUACGACUUUUGA